AUGAACAACAAAACGUUGGUAACGCUGCUGGAUAAUUUGGGCAAUUCGUUUGAAUCGCUUCGGGUACCACGGAUUUCGACGGAUCACUCGGUUUCUCCCGUUCCUUCCAGUGAAAAAUUAGCCCAAAAUGAAGUUCUGCCUCGGCCAAGAUCCGAAAUACCAACGCCAGCACCAAGGCAGACAUCACCGCGCGGCUCAACAGUGUCAUUGCCCCUGAAAGCUGAGGCUCAAGAUGAAGAAAGCGUGGAAAAGAAAAUGUACCCUAGUUUAAAUGCAGUGGCGCCUCCUGUGACAGAGAAUCGAAGCAGCCGACUGAUCCAAGAUAAGCUGGUAGCAGCGGGUGGUGGUGAUGCAACAGAAAAGGGUUCAAAAGCUUCACUGAAUCCGUUUGAUGAAGACGAUGAUGCUGAUAAUGCAACCAAUCCUUUUGGUGAAGCAGCUGAAGAGAAGGAACCGCAUGCAGUGCCACGAUCACCGGAAAAAGGUGAUAAAAGCCAGGAGAUGAACGGUGAUCGAAAGAUUUUGUACAAAGUUCGAGCAACUCAUCGUUAUACGGCUGAAGACACGGAUGAGCUUACUUUUGAUGCCGGUGAAGUGAUCACAGUGUUGGAAUCACGCGAAGAGGACCUUCUCGAUGACGGCUGGUUGCUUGGAGUGAAGCAAUCCGAUGGAGUUCGUGGAGUGUUCCCAGCAAACUUCACAAAAUCGCUAUAA